CAACUGAAAGUGUUAGCAGUUUUCAAAAGUGUUCGAUUUUCGAAGUGCCCAGUGUCCUGCUAGUGAUGUGACCGGCGAUGACAGUUGCAUAUCUAAGAUGGCGGGUCGACACAAGCCCACCGUCAGGCACUUCCAUAACCAGCCGGAGCUGCAGCGGGGCGGCAGUCUGGGUCUGAUGGUGAGGUGGAUCCUGCUGGUGUCUCUGGCGAGCUGCGGGCCUUUGGGGAACACCGUCAAACAAGAUGGCUGCACCUUCCCCGCACGCUGGCAUGGUCGCUGGUUCCAAUCCGGCGUCAUCCAACCCAUCUCCAUCGAGGGGGACCGUCUCUCCAACAAGGGGCGGUGCCUCUCGUCCGAGGGGGACAAGUUCCUUAUCGUCGAUGAGAAGGGGUGUUAUCGAUGUGUGGUCAUGCACGAAAAACAUACCAACGUUCUGCAAUAUAAAGAAACGUUCUGCCACCGUCGAGACGCAUUACCUCACCUCUGCUCUCUCAUCACCGGAGACGCUCUCCUCUACUCCAUGUUCAGGGAAAACGCGGAUCCUGUCGACUGUCCGCUGAAAGGGCCCUUCUCCUUCACUUAUAACAGAGGGCAUGGAGACUGUAAGAUCCCCGUGUCAUCCAUCGAGAGCUGCACAGAAGAUUCCCGUCUUCUGCUCAACUACCAGGCGUGUCCUGAUAUUUCUGCGUCUGAAAGCACAGUGGAAGAGCUAGAAUGCCUAGCAACAUGGAAAGAAGGCAGCUUGAGAUUCCUCGUCGGAAAGCUGCACCACAACCACGCCACCAGCAACGAGGACCGCUACCGCUGUUUUGUCUACGAGAAGACUAAUGGUAUCGCAUCAACAGGCGUGAAAGAAGGCCCAGGCUCCGCCGAUGUGGAAUACCGAGUGGCCCAAUCGGGGGACGCGACCUGCAAUGGACUAUUUAGCGCCACGGAGGGGAGUAGGACCAUGGCUUUGAAGCGAGUAUCAGUCCGCUCCAACUGCCAAUUCCCGAGCUGGAUGACGUUCUCCCACACCUGGCAUACCCUCGACUACAGCUCCAACUACACUUUCUACCAGCGGAACGCCACACUCCGCAUCACCGACAAGUCUGGCGCCGACAUCAAAGUGUAUUGCGUCAGCGUAAAAGCUAGCUCUCCCAGCGGGAACUCGGUAGCGUUGGUGGCGCAUUGGCAACAUCAUUGUGUAUCCCGCUACGUGUGCGUAGUCCUAUAUCGGCGGGACACAUACAUAGCGGAACUGCAGCGCGGCGCGCCCACCGCGCGCGCCGACGACGCCUGCUCCAACCAUCACUUCAACGCCGUCUCCGAGCCCUACGUCACUCUAGUCGCAAGCAACCCAGAAUCAAAAGAAUGUCCGUAUUCCGGUAAAUACGAGAUACAGAAUCGUCACGAACGAAGCGUUAGGUCUAUAGAACCCAAUAUUAGAAAUGGUAGUAGGCUGUUCAAUUUUAGUAUAAGCAAUAUGUCGAGCGCGCCGAUGCUACGGAGCCGGCGGGAAGUGAAUGACGUCGGGUGUGUGGUCAGCGGCUUUGAUAGGUUGGAGGUGGGGUGUAACUCUGCGAAGAAUAUGGAGUUUUAUUCGAGCUGUGAGAAUAAAGAGGUUGUGACAGCGUACACAUGCCACGGCGGCUGGUACGAGAACGGCGCGUCGUUCGUGGUGACGACGCCGCUCACGCGCGACAGCCGCGCCGCGCGCCGCCACUGCUUCGUGCUGCGCGACCGGCGCCGCGCGCUCACGCUCGCCCGCAGCGCCACCAACUGCGAGCGCGUGCUCAGCCCCAGCGACCAGCUGCUGUUCGACGCGAGGAAUACUGGUGAAUGUCAAGAUCAAACCAACGCCCAGCCCCUCCAGAGGCUACCUUCACCCACCAUCAUCAUCCUGACAGCUGUCAUUCUACACUACAUCAUACCGAGAUGAUUCUGUCAUAUCUACACCUGUAACAUAGCGUAAUUAUAUGUAAGGCUUAGAUACGACCAAAGUGGAAUAAAAACUUAGUCAGUUUAAAUAUG